GCCCAGCUAGCGGCAGGGUCACGGCACGAAAAUAGUUAAUAUUUACCUUUUUUUAAAUUUAAGUAGGCGUCAUAAUAUUAGUACAAGUUAUACUUAUAAUAAAAUAAGAAGAAUGGGUUUUGUUCUAUCGAAAUUUCGGAAGGAAAAAUCUACAACUGCUGUUCUGGAAGGUCUGCAGUUGCAGAUACAAGAUCUAGAGAAAUAUGUGAUCAAUACGCAGGAGCGUAAAAGGCGUUUCGUAAGCAAUUUUGUUGGCUUCACAAUUGGCGCAUAUAUCGUGGGCUUUGCUCUAUGGUAUUUCUUCUAUUUCCCGCCAACAAUGCAAGAGCGCAUCAUGUAUUUGGUGCCGCUGCUAUUGUUCCCAGUACUCAUCGUCUUUCUUCGUCAAAUGUUUACGUGGUAUUUUCAGCGAAAGCUCAACAAAAAUGGCGAUAAGCUGGCGCAGCUUAAGCAGAAGAAGACCAAGAUAUUAGAGCAGGUCAUGGACAAUGAGACAUACAAGGUGGCCGUGCAAUUGCUUGAACGCUUUGGUGAUAAGCAACAAAGCCGCAUCAGCGGCCUGCUCUCUAGCGCAGCGCGUAGCAACCAAAGUAUAAACUCCUUAAAUCGCUCCAUCAGCUCCUCGCUGCAGCGUACACCGCAACCAGCCGGAGCUGCAGUGGCAGCAGCACAGCAACAACAGCAGCGCAGCAUGUUAACACCUUAUACUGGUGUCUAUCGAAAUAUGAAUAAUAAUAAUAUAAAUACAAGUGUUAUGGCACCGCAAUUGCAACUGAAUACACCAUCGUCGCAGGUGCGCAGUGCGCAGUUGCUGCGCAGGCGCACGCCAUUUCCCGUCGUUGAUGACAGUUCACGCAGCGCAUUGGAUCGCAUUGUGGAUUUCAUUGUGGGCGAUAGUCCACAGAAUCGCUUUGGCAUGAUAUGCAAAGAGUGUCAUAGACAUAAUGGCAUGCUGCCGCUGGAGGAAUAUGAGUAUACAACAUUUCAUUGUGCGUUUUGCGGGGUGCUUAAUCCGGCACGCAAGGAGCGUCCAGUGGCACCACGUCUCUCGCUAAAUGCAACGCAACCGGAAACGGCAGCUCUACUUAACAGUGCUAGCUCCGAUAGUGAUUCAUCAGACGAUGAAGACGAGGAAUCUGAAGAUAAUAAGCAUUUAGUGCGUCGUGCGCUGCAUGACGAAUUGCGAACGACUGAUACCGAUGCCGAAGUGGAUAUGGAAGUGGAUGAAACUGAUGCUGAGCCCACAGAAGCGACUGCUACAAAAACGGAGGAGACUGAAAGUGCGGCCAGCGAGACUGAAGCAAAAGCGAAUUAAAAUUUUCAACUCUCAAGAGUGCGCCAUGAACAGGUUUAGGCUUCGCAAAGCGUUAGCUUCAAAUAAAUGCAACUUUUAUAUAUAUAUAAAC